GAGUAGUAGGGCGGGGUUGCAAGGCUGUGCCGUCGACGGCCACCGCGGGGCGGUGAACAAACGCGGGCCUGGCGGAUCGCAGCAGCCCUCGGAGACCGCGAGGGGACCGGGAGCCGCUGGGACCCCGGCUGCGCGCCCCUCGGCCCGGCCGGGAGUCGCGCCAGUCGGAGCCCCUGGCCGAGUGCGGCUCGCCUCCCUCUCAGCGUUCCUCUGUCCGCAGUGCAGCCAGCGGGUAUGACCGAUCCACCAGGGGCGCCGCCGCCGCCGGCGCUUACAUGCCGCGGAUGAAGAAGAAAGUCCGUCCCCGCUCUGCUCAAAGCGAGAAGGUGGCUCAUUGCAGGGAGUUGAUCAGGGGUAAGAAAGCGACCCGCAGCAAGAAAGGGACCGGGACCAAAGAGGUGACCCAGUUAGAGGAGGUGAUCACGGUCGACGAGACGACCCAGACCGAAGAGGUGGCCGUGACCGAAGAGGUGACCCAGACCGAGGGCAUGGCCCAGAUUGAGGAGAUGGUCCAGACCGAAGAAAUGGAAACAACUGGGGUUAGCGUGACCGUCACCCACAGCAAUGAGAGGUAUGACCUUCUUGUUACCCCACAGCAGGGUAAUAGUGAACCAUGUGUGCAAGACCUAGCUCAGCUUGUGGAAGAGGCCACAGGGGUUCCACUGCCUUUUCAGAAGCUCAUAUUUAAGGGAAAAUCUCUGAAAGAAAUGGAGACACCAUUGUCAGCACUUGGAAUACAAAAUGGUUGCCGAGUCAUGCUAAUUGGGGAAAAGAGCAAUCCAGAGGAAGAAGUUGAGUUAAAGAAGUUGAAAGAUCUGGAGGUAUCUGUAGAGAAGACAGCUUACCACUUGGAAGAUUUGAACAAAGAACUUUUUGGCAUCCAACAGGGUUUUCUGGCUAAGGAAUUGCAAGCAGAGGCUCUCUGCAAACUUGAUAGGAAAGUAAAGGCCACAAUUGAGCAGUUCAUGAAGAUCUUGGAAGAGAUUGACACAAUGGUCCUACCAGAAAAUUUUAAAGACAGCAGGCUAAAAAGGAAGAAUUUGGUAAAAAAGGUUCAGGUGUUCCUAGCUGAGUGCGACACGGUGGAGCAAUACAUCUGCCAAGAGACAGAGAGGCUGCAGUCUACGAACUUGGCCCUCGCUGAAUGAAGUGUGGGAGAGAGUGACUGUACUGGCCUGAAGAGCAGCUUCACGGCUCUGCCCUCUAUGGAACAGAAGCCGCUUGUUUCUCCAGCACUGCCAGAGGCAACUGGCUAAAUGUCAAUUUCCCUACUCCUCUGUCGGUUCUCAAUGAAGAAGUACUAUCUCUGCAACUCUGAAGUAGAGCUCCUGUGUUCUCCUUCUGGCUCUGUGUGGUUGUGCUGUCCAGCAGUUCCCUUUGUAGGAGAGGGGCCUUCCUACCCAGUGGUUACUGGCUCUCGACAUUCAGGAACUUUCUAGGCUGGGCAGAGCUCUAGUUCAUCUGGAGCUAGUUCCAGGUUUGUAGGGCCCCCUAGUCUUCAGAUUCGUGACCUUGUGAUCUCAGUCCAGAAUCACCAGGUAGUUGCUCCCAGGUAGAAGUGACGGAUAGAAGUUUGGUAUGUGGACAAUCCCCAGAGUGCCCUACUGUCCUGUUGAGACUGAUUUCAGAACAUCCGACUGGGCUGUGGGUUUAAAGACCUUGUCCUUAUCCUCCCCUACUCCUCCCCAGCCACAGUCAUUAUAAUUAUUAUUAUUUUAUUAAUAUUUGAGACAGGAACUCACUGGGUAGUUCUGGCUAUCCUGAAAUUCACUAUGUAAACCAGAGAUCCGCCUGCUUCUGCCUCCCAAGUACUGGGGUUAAA